UCCUCGUCUUGGAAUUCUCCUCUCACCACGGCAGACUAGCCUCGCGCGGCUCGCAGACCGUUAUAUCGUCUACCACUACCCCAAUCCUGCAGCCUACUUCGGCCGUCACUCACGUCGUCUCUACUCAACCGACAUGCCUCGUCCUGGUCGUGAACCUGCAGAGCCUCGCCCCUCAGCAAGCAUCGCUGUGAUUAAUGCGCGCAAUGAAGUACUGCUUGUUCAGCGCAAUCCCAAGACGAGAUCCUUCGCUGGGGUGCAUGUCUUCCCCGGAGGCAACCUCGACCCCGCGCAGGACGGCGACUCGCUCGCCAUGACUGCGAUCCGAGAAACCUUUGAGGAGUCUGGUCUCCUGCUCGCAUCUCCGUCCACUAGCCCCAGUACAUCACCUCCGGCGUCUGUUUUGGAAGAAGCCCGCCGCGCCAUUCACGCCCAGCGGACCAGCUUCUCCGACUUCCUCGCUAAAGAGGGAUUGCGAGCGGACGUAGACGCGCUGUUACCGUUCACGGAGUGGGUGACCCCGGUGGAGCAGCCGAGACGCUUCCGCACCAAGUUCUUCCUCGCCUUCCUCCCCUCCGUCUCAUCAUCGACGACCUUCACCGCCGGCGACAAACAAGAGCAGAUUCCGACGCCCGACGGCGGCCAAGAAGUCAUCUCCGCGCGCUUCGUGCGCCCCGCGGACGCGCUCGCUGAGUUUGAGGCGGGGAGGAUCUCGUUCAUGCCGCCGCAGUUUUAUAUCCUGACAACAUUGGCGGGGAUAUUCGGUGGGGGCGAUGCCCAAGCCGUCGACGCUCGAUCCAAAAUCGAACGCCUCGCCCGCGGCCCCUUCGGCCGUAUGGCUAUCAAUCCCCGGCGGUUGAAUGCAAACGACGCCUCUCAUCCGAAAAGUAGUGUGGAAGAGGGAGAGACCGUCCUCACCUACGAGGGCGACGAGGCGCGGGGCGGGCCGAGAGGCAGGCGGCAUCGGGCCGUGGUGAGGUUUGCGAAGGGUGGGAACACGACCCGCAUCCGACUAGAAAGGAACUUCGAUAUCUUUGAGGGGAUUGACGGGGCUCCCUCGUCCUCAAAGUUGUAACCGGCAAGGCUAGCCCUUCGUAGAAUUUGCAGUUUACGCCCAAAAAGAGUACCCAC